AGCUCCCUGACAGCAAGAACCACUGCAUCUAGGAGGAUGAGUUCACUACACAGACAUUUGGGUCAGCUGGGAGGGGUAUGGAGAAGAGGAGUGACGAUCUCUCUCUGCUCAAAUCCUGGGAUUUACUACAGGACCUUCUGCUCCAGUACUGCUGAGCAAGACCCCAUAGAGAUCCAUAAGCGGAAGCUCACGCUGUGGUUCAGCCACCUGCCCCAGGAGGAGAAACAAUUUGGGAGCUUCUUCAACCCAGAGACCAUGCAUGUGGAUUCCCUGAUACUGGCGAGACAACCGGAGGAGUGGAAAGGUCUUAUUAACUACCCACUCCAAACUGAGAUCUCUCCUAGCCCCUCCGUGACUGUGGAGCAGCUGUUUGAAAAUGCCCAGACAGGAAAUGGGGAGAGGGGGCUCAAUGUGUUGCUGUAUGGUGCUGUGGGAACAGGGAAAAGUACAGUGGUCCGGAAGUUGGUUCUGGACUGGUGCGCUGGGACCACGCUUACCCAUUUCAAGCUGCUGGUGCCCUUUUCCUGUGAAGACCUCGCCCAGUUGACAAAGCCAGCUUCCUUAAGGGACCUUGUGAGCAGGAAGUACCUCCACUUGCGGAACACUCCCUUUCUGAGUGGAAACGAUAGCCAGGCUAAAGAUGUGCUCUUCCUCUUCAACGGCAUGGAAAAGAUGAAGCUAGAUUUCCGUAUCGGCUCAACAGAACUGUGCAGCAACCCAAAUGAAGUGUUACCCUCUGGGGCCCUGGUAGUCAACCUGCUGAGGAAAUACCUCCUGCCUGAGGCCAGUAUCCUGGUCACCACCAGGCUGUCUGCCCUGGAUCGCAUCCCUCAGAAGUACAUCAGUCACUAUGCUCAGAUCUGUGGCUUUAAAGACCUGGACCGCCAGCGUGCCUACUUCACCAGCCGCUUGCUUCAGCAAAGUGGGGAAAAGCCACGCAACCAUGAGGCCCAGGCUCUUAUUGAACUGCUCUACCUCAACCUCCAGAGGGAAAGCCAGCUGGCCGCAGCCUGCUUCCUCCCCUCCUACUGCUGGCUUACCUGUGCUACCUUACAUUUCCUCCAUUUUACCGAUGCCAAGGCACCGAUCCACACACUAACUGGGAUAUAUACCAGUUUCCUCAGACUCAACUUUGGAGGUGAGGUGCUGGGAACAGGGAUUGGAACAAGCAUGCCUAUUCAGGAGCACCAGAACUCUCUGAUGCUUUACGUGGUCCGCACAGUUGGGAAACUAGCAUUUGACGGUGUCACAAACAAAUGCACCUCGUUCUCAGAGCAGGAGCUGGAGCAGUGGGUGGGAGGGAAGACCAAGACUGAUGAGGAGUUGCAUCAGCUGGCUGUGUUCCGAACGGAUGUGCUGGAUUUCUUCUUGGUACCAUGUGUGAAGAGUGGGAAAUUUUUUCCUGGGGAGUUUGGGGAAGAUGAGAUGCGAUAUGUGUUUGCAGUUCCAGCCAUGCAAGAGUACCUCGCUGCUCUCUAUGUGGUUCUGGGAGAGAACAGAUCUGCUCUCGAGAAGCUGACUAAGCAGGUCUCUGUAGCUAUUGGCCAAGCAGGUGAAGAUUUCACUGCCCUGAUAAACAUCUUUUCCAAGUUCAUCCCGCUGCGUAUUUUUGCAGUCUUUAAUCUUAUUAAGCUCUUUCCUAAGCUCUAUGAGCGAAUCAGCAGUCAUAGCAAAGGCAGCAUUGCCAGAACUAUGGCUGCUGAGAUGUUCCGCACUGAGGAUAGCUAUAAUGAAGACGUCCUCGAUCAAGUGGAGCAAAGCUUGCUUGGAGUCCACGGGCCACAGCCACAGCAGAAGGACGAAAGCCAGCCCUUUGAACUCUACCCCAUCUUCAUGGGGGGCCUGUUACAUUAUGGAAAUCGUGUCCUUCUUCAGCAACUUGGCUGCAGUAUCAAGAGCACUACAGUGGUCCAAAUCACACGUGCCCUCAGGAAAUACCUUGUCAGAGAGCUAAGCAAGCCACAGCCACCAGCGGAGCUGAUGGACCUCCUGGUUCUACUCUAUGAGUUUCAGAACCCCAGACUCACCACGGAGGUUCUGUCUUCCAUCAGAACCAUCCGUCUCUGCAAUAUUCGUAUGACACCGCUGAAAUGCUUUGUUCUGAGUUGUGUGCUGUCCAGUGCCCCAGUGAGUUAUCAUCUCCAAGAGCUGGACCUGUCAUCUUGCCACUUGACCCAUGACCUGCUUGAGAUACUGUGGCCUGCCUUCCGACAUGCACAUAACCUCAAUCUCCAGUUUAACAGCCUGGGUCCUGAAUCCUGUAUUCUCCUGAAAGAUCUGCUACUUGACCCCAAGAGCUCCAUUAGAUCGCUACAGUUGUGCGACAACUCUUUAUUGGAGUCCGGCGUCAGCAAGCUGCUGGAGGCCCUGUCACAGAACCAGACGCUGAGGCAGCUGUCCCUGAUGCACACUGGGCUGGGGGACCAGGGGGCCCUGGAGCUGGCUGAGAAGAUCCACCAGCACACUGGGCUCCAGGAGCUCAAUGUGGCCUAUAACAACAUCGGAGACAAUGCUGCCCUCGCCCUGGUGGAUGCCUGCAGGGAACACCCCAGCAUACACACUGUGCACUUGUAUCUGAACCCGCUCAGUGACGUGGGCAAGCAGUCUCUGUAUGUCCGAGGUGUUCCCAUUGACCAGGGUGGAACGGGUGCAGUCAGCGGUACGGGCAGGCACGUGAAGGUCCUGGCCUCUGUCACCGAGGGCUCGGACGUCUCUGAGGACUGGCACCCCAUCCUCAGCGUAAUCAAAGAGAACGCCUCCUCGUGGGACCGUGAUCGUCUGCGGCAGCAGCUACAGGUGUUUCUGAGGGAUCUGGAGUGGGGUCGCCGGCAGCAGCAGAGCCUCUGGAAGAGGCUUCACUUUCGCAGGGUGGAAAAGGGAGUUCGACAAACUCUACGGAUGCUUGAGAGAGACGGUCCAUCUAAACCUGCUGGACAGUCCAAGUAAAUGAUUACAGGCAUCAAGUGAAAGAUAGGACUGCAGAUAAAUCCUAUAGGAGAGAGAGGAUGGAGUCUGUAAAUUAUGUUUGUAAUUAUGACUUCAAAUAUGUGAAACAUCCCUAGUUAUCUGGUGGAGGAAAAGCCCUUUCAACAAUGCCUUAGUUGGUAAAUGUUACCACAUCCAGGAUCAAAUUUUAAGUGUCUUUUCCAGUUUUGCAAACAAGCCAUUGUGGUAUUUACAUACAUUUGUUUUAUCCAUACUUGAAGUUUAUUUCUUAGUCCUGUGUCCUUCCCUGCCAAAUGCUUGUUCCUUCAUCUGUUGGGAUCAAGUUUCUUUUCCCUAAAAUAUUUGUGUUGUAGUUUUUCUUAAUUUGUUUGCAAAGGUAGUUUUCUGUGGCGGUGUGAUGACUUGUGUUUAUUUUGAAUUCAUAGCUUUUUUUAGCAUUCGUUUAAUGCAAUUUUUAUUGUGUAGUCAUACUUGAAAUUGCAUGGAAGCAUAACGCAUUCACUUGAGAAAAAAACUUUUUGCUCUAUUUUUCUGAAUUGAUGAGAUUAUUAUCUCGGCUUUCUGAGGAAAGUUUUCAGGUUAAAAAAAAAAUCUGCCUCGUUUUUCUGAAUUAAUGAGAUACCUCGAAAUCCCAAGAGAAGCUCUCGUUUACUUGAGAACUCGAUUUCAUGGAAGCAAAC